UGCUCACUUGAUGUAUCUGCGUUAUCCACACUGGUUUUUGGGCUUUGUGACAAGCAUGCACUGACUGAUCUCACAUAACUCUCUGGCAUGCUCUAACUGCUCGUGGAUUUCAGCAAAGUUAGAUUUCUGGAGCAGAAAAAUUCUGAUAUUUUUUCUCUUUAAUCUGGAAGCACCCUUCUGGAUCCGAUGAUCACAGGGCAGCUGAGCAAACCGCUGCUCCCUCUGCGUGCCGAUAUGGACGCCUGCGAGCUGCGGGAUGACGACAAAGCGGCCAGCCCGGACAGCGAUCUCAACGAUGAGCCCUUGCUGCUGUCAGCUGACACAGACUCGGAGGAGAAGAUGUAUGGUGGUCGAGUUGGUUCAGUUCAGUCCGAUGCCAGCAGUAGUCCCACAGAACAUGGUCAUAUGGGUCAAUCUCACCCCACGUACCCCGUCGGGCCACAGUCUCUGUUGGUUGCUCAGCAGCUGGCAUCAGCGGUUAGUGGAGUGAUGUCUGGAGGAGCUCCAGGACUCAACCAGCCCAUUCUGAUCCCCUUUAAUGCUGGCGGGCAUCUCGGUGGGCAGCAGGGCCUGGUUCUGUCUCUGCCCACUGCUGCCAACAUACAAGGCCUGGUGGCAGCCGCUGCUGCUGGUGGCAUCAUGACUCCCCUACAGAAUCUGCAAGCUACCUCAUCCCUAAACUCUCAGCUCCAGCAUCUUCAACAGCUCCAACAGCUACAGCAUCACCAGCAACAACAUCAUCAUCAACAACAGCAGCAGCAGCAGCAGCAACAACAACAGCAACGAGAACGAGAGCAGCGUGAAAGAGACCAGCAACAACGAGAACGUGAACGAGAACGAGAACGUGAACGUGAACGCGAACGCGAACGUGAGCAGCACCAACAACUCUGUGGUCCCACGCACCUCCAGCCACCCACCCAUCAUCAGCUCACUCCUCCGAUUCAGUCACAAGUCUCUGGACCUUCUCCAGGCUCUGUCUCCACCUGUACCUCCUCCAAUCAUAGCUCAGCCCAGCCUCCUCAGUCUCCGCCCUCUCAUAGGCAAAACCAAUCACCAGCUCACAGCUUGCCCUCACCUGUCACACCUCCUUUGCCACUACAGCUCAACCCUCUGGCCAGUCAGGCAGCAGUCGCCGCAGCGGCGGCGAUGGGUUCGAUCGCCGGGUCACAGGUGUUUGGUAAUGCUCUCUCCAGCCUGCAGGGGGUCACUGGACAACUGGUCACCAAUGCACAAGGACAGAUCAUUGGUACGAUCCCUCUGAUGCCAAACUCCGUAGGACCCUCCAGCCAAUCAGGGGGCGGCACUCCCUCACUGCAGGUCCAGCCAAUCACACCACAGCUGCUGACCAAUGCACAGGGUCAGAUUAUAGCCACUGUGAUUGGCAACCAGAUCCUGCCAGUGAUCAACACCCAGGGAAUCACGCUUUCUCCCAUUAAGCCUGGACAGCAGCUACCGCAGGCUGGUCAGACUUCACAGGCCCCUCCUGUGUCUCAGCCGAGUCUGCUCCGUAUGCCCCACAGCCAGAGCCCUCUUCGCCAGGCCUCUUCGUCCUCCUCAACAUCAUCAUCCUCAUCCUCGGCUCUUAGCGUCGGGCAGCUAGUCAGCAACCCCCAGACUGCCCCCAGUGAGGUGGAUGGUGUGAACCUGGAGGAGAUUCGAGAAUUCGCCAAAGCAUUUAAAAUUCGCCGGCUGUCUUUGGGUCUUACUCAAACUCAGGUGGGCCAGGCUCUCAGUGCAACUGAAGGCCCUGCCUACAGCCAGUCUGCCAUCUGCAGACACACCAUCCUGAGAAGCCACUUUUUCCUACCACAGGAAGCCCAAGAGAACACUAUAGCUAGCAGUCUGACAGGCAAACUGAACCCUGGCCUUUUAUAUCCUGCCAGGUUCGAGAAGUUGGACAUCACCCCAAAAAGCGCCCAGAAGAUUAAGCCCGUGCUGGAGCGCUGGAUGGCCGAGGCAGAAGCCCGCCAUCGCUCCGGUAUGCAGAACCUGACCGAGUUUAUCGGCAGCGAGCCCUCCAAAAAGCGCAAACGCCGGACCUCUUUCACACCACAGGCCCUGGAAAUCCUCAACAGCCACUUCGAGAAGAAUACUCACCCCUCCGGUCAGGAGAUGACGGAAAUCGCAGAGAAACUGAACUAUGAUCGCGAGGUGGUGCGCGUUUGGUUCUGCAAUAAGAGGCAAGCUUUGAAAAACACUAUAAAGAGGCUUAAACAGCCCGAGCUCGGGCCGGUCGCACCGAUGGACCCUCUGGUUGACAAUAUGGAGGAACACCCUUAGCUUGAUACGAGCGCCACGAGGCGAACACGCACCGAUGGCGAAAACUUCCGAUGUUGUGGACUUUAAGACCUGGACGAUUGCUAUCCGAUGCACCAUCGACUGGAUGAACGGUCAACAAAGGCAAAAAGAAAUAUUUGUCAGUGUUAUCAUCACAAAAGCAAAAACCAAAAAAGUUCAGAAAAAAGAGAGUUGUACGAGAAUUUUAGUAUUGAUUCACAAGCAGAUUGUGAGGAAUUAAGAACAAGGAUCUUGUUUAAAUCAAGGAUGGUGAAGAAACUACUUACCAAAGUUUGUUGCAUCUGAUACCUGAGGUUUUUUAAUUGUAAAUGUGUUUUACAUUUUUACAUUUUUACUGGGGAAAAAAAAAAAAAAAAAAAAAAGAAAAAGAUUCAUGUGAUGGGGUAGAUGGGUGUGACAUUUGAUCUUCGUCUUAUUUUAUCACUUGGGUUUUUAUGUAAAUAUUUCUGGUAAAUUGUCACCGAAUUCAAAUCACAAGUUCAAAAAAAAAAAAAAAAAAAAAAAGAAAUUGAGAAGUUUAUUUCAAAAUUGUCACGUUUCUGCUGUCUGUAAGACCAUCGACAAAUGUGUCAUCUCACUCUGUUCAUAAUCAUAAAGGCAUCGGUCAUGAAAGAGUGCACUUGGGAGGAAUAUUUUGCAAAGAGAUUCUCAGUGAACAUGCCACAGAUAUCCACAUUCAUUGCAGCUGUGAUUAAAGCUAUUUAAUGGUGUUGCCAAAGCCUCCUAGCCAAAGAACAAGGACAUUGUAUGUCAUACCUUGGCCUGAACCAUUUUAUCCUUUUCAUGUGAUCGGAUGAUUUUAUUUUUUAAAAGCAAAGGUUUACUGUUUUAUUUUACUUGUCAUGCUCAACAACAACAAAAAAAUAUAUAUAUAUAUACAUAUAUAUACAUAUAAAGAUUUCAAGUAAAUGAGAUGAAUUACUUUUAAAUAUUUCACUUGGGUUAUGCAAGUUAUCUUUUGUCUAUGUGUCUUUUUCGUUUUUGGUGCUUAAGGUUUUUUUGUGCAAAAAUCGUGAUUUUCUCAGAUGGAAACGAUUGGAAAUACUCAUUUUGGACAUAUUUAAAUCUAAACGUCUGACUGAACAUACACCUUGAUAUAGAAAAAUAAAGAUUAUUGUCCCAAAUACCGCACCAUCCUACAAACCUUCAGCCCACCUUACAGUUAGAUUUAGAAUAAUUUUAUGAUUUUUUUUUUUUUAUUGUAUAGUUCCAAUUGAAGCAUUCCAAUUGAAAAUAAAAGUAGUGCACGACUGGUAUCUAGAAAGCAAGAUGAUCGAUUUAACGCUGAUGUUAAAAUAGCAUAACAGGUCAAUAACGGCAAAUGUUAAAAGUAUUUUGCCAAAGACGUGCUUUUUUUGAUGCCGUUCUGCAACCAGUUUGUAUGCGUUUUACGAUUUGUACAACCUCACUCAAGCAAUCUGGCCAGGCUUAGGUCAUCCGUACAAAUGUAUACGAAUGCGCAUGACCGGACAUGACAUCAAGUUGGCAUAAUCACUUCAUUCUUUGACAACGGAAAAAGUUCAGUUUACCAAUAAAUUCACUUUUUUGAACAUUAAAGAUGAUCAGAUUUUGGAAUUCGCCGCAUAUCGCGUUCUUCAACGGGCAAUUUGCUGACAUCUACGUGGUAUUUCCAAAAGCAGUGGCGAUCAAGUUGAUAAAAAUCGUAUGAUUUAACUUGUUUGCAACGUUUUUCAAAGUAUUUUAGUCACCACAGUGAGCAUUUGCUACAAUUAUAGUUAUAGAAACAUCGUCUGGCUACGCAUUAAAAGAGCUGUCUGAUUACAUUGACUCAACUCAUAUUGUACCAGAUGACAUUCCCCCCCGGGCCCUUUCAUUUUUCUGAAUUCAGAAGCAUGUAUCUGUGUGUGGUUGCAGAGACAGGAACGUCUUAAGGUAUACAGGCUUACGAAACAAAGCUGUAACCAAAAAUUAAAACCAAGAGACGAGAAUCUAAGUUCUGCCUUUGCUCAUCUUUUCAAUGCUGGACCAAAGCUCAAUAGUUAUAUGCACAUUGUACAGAGAAAUGGCUAAAUGUCGCUGACAAUCUUGAAAUAUGUAACUGAUUGAAGAAAACUGAUUAAAUGGAAUAUAUCAUUAAAAUUACCUCAGCACUGUCCUGCUAAGUAGUGAGCAAUGUCAUAACAUGGUACCUUUCUGCAAAGGUUCACAGCAAAACACGAAGGACUUGUGUACAUGUUUGUAAGUAGUUUUUAUGGCCAUCUUAGAUCGAUUCUCACCUGCUUUUCUUUACGAUGUGCUUUCCAGGGUCACGUGUAUAGAACAGACGUUGUUACAUGACUUACUUCUAUUUUAUUGUUUGGUUUCUGCAUUGUUGUUUGUUUAUCUCCUUUCACUAUGUAAGAUACAUUUUUGAGUUUAAUUGCCUGGAAUUGCCCCGUAUAAAUGGGGAACAAAGAAAACUUUGCGGUUCAACUCAAUUGCUUUUGAAAGAUGAUAGAAAACCUUUGGAGAUUUAUCGAAGAACACACACUGGUAUACAUACGCGCAUUAAAACACACACACACACACACACACACACACACACACAGUCGAGUUUGAAAUGUUGUUAUUACUCUCAAGACCUCGAAACCAAAGCUGUUUAACCUGCUAAGGAUGCUUUAAAUUUUAUAGACUGAAAACUGUAUGUAUUAUAUAGAGCAAUAUCUGUUCGGUCAGUUAAGCUGCACUUUGUGUAUUUCUUAACAGCUUCAAGUCUGUCACAUUAAUUUGUACCAUAAUAAUUAAUAAUAAACAAUUGUUUG